AUGCGAUUCAAAUCAGAGGGCGGCGGUUUCACCCACUCAUGGCUGGAUGACGUGGCGGACUCCCAUUGGCUCCCGGACCUGCACGUCCGGGCCCUCCUGGACGAGGCAGGGAUAGGCUUGGCAGGACUCCGCCUGGGCAGUGGCGAGUUGGUUCACUGCAGCGCUGCUCUCGCCGCCAUGCUGGGCCGAUCAGUGAAUGCUCUGGAGGGAAGCCCGCUGCAGAAUUUCCUCAGCGCCCCUGCCAUUAGGAGCUUCCAGAGCUGGUUCGGCAGCAUAUCAGCAGCGACUCUGUCAGCACACGCACAGCACCUAUCACCUCACGCCACGUGGCACAGGCAGUCCCACCAUGACCUGCCCGUCAUCAUGCCAGGAGGCAGUAUGCGGCGAAUUCGUUUGACAUGCCACGUGGCACCAGCAGCAGAUGCUGUGGGCGGGGCAAGGGGCGAUGACCCCCCCUCCAUGUUCAUGGCUCUCUUCUGCGACCUCUCUGCUGCUCUGCACGGCUCCAAGGAGGUGCGGGCCAAGCGGUGUGCCUUCAUUCUCCAGCACCUGCCAGCAGGGAUGGCGCACAUGCUUCCAGAGGAGCGCACCAGAGGGGGAAGCGGAGGGGGAGGGAGCGGCGGGGGGAGCGGCAACAGCGCUGGUAGUGGUAGGGGCGGCAGGGGGGAGAGGGGCGGUGGGGGAAGUGGCAACGGGGAUGAGGUGGUUAUUAACCCUCAUAUGGAGGCAAUUACGGGGUAUUCACGGGAGGAGCUGAGUUCGGUUGACUCGUGGUUCUCGUGCCUCUUCAGGGAACGGGCAGAAGAGGUGCGCCAGAUCCUGGAGGCAGACCGUGCAAUGGGGUUCAGAGAAUCACAGACUCUAAGGAUGGUGCAGAGGGAUGGCGAACGGUGGCUGGAGGUGUCAAUCGGUGUGUGCCUGCCUGUGUCUCUUGCGCCCCCUAUGUACCUCCCUCCUUCACUUCACCCCCCACAGGUGUGGCAAAUCCUGGAGGCAGACCGUGCGAUGGGGUUCAGAGAAUCACAGACGUUAAGGAUGGUGCAGAGGGAUGGCGAACGGUGGCUGAAGGUGUCAAUCGGUGUGUGCCUGCCUGUGUCUGUUGAGCCCUGUAUGUACCUCCCUCCUUCACUUCACCCCCCACAGGUGCGGCAAAUCCUGGAGGCAGAUCGUGCAAUGGGGUUCAGGGAAUCAAGAACCCUACGGAUGGUGCGGAGGGAUGGAGAACCCAGAUGGUUAGAGGUGGCAGUGAGGGACUGUGGGGCGGGAGGGGGCGACCUGUGGGUGGUGAGCGACAUCACGGACCACCUGAUUGUGCGGGAGAAGUUCCGAUUGCUCUAUGAAGCCUCCUCGGACGGCUACCUAGUGUUUGACGACACGGGCAUCACGGAGUGCAACGACGCGGCCAUCCACUGCCUGCGCUGCAGCGACAAGAGCGAGCUCAUCGGGCGGCAUCCGGCGUACUUUUCCCCCGAGCGUCAGCCGGACGGGCAACGGUCGGACGAAAAGGCGGUUGAGAUGGUGGCUCUGGCGACCAAGACGGGCAUGCACAAGUUUGAGUGGAUGCACAUGCGAAAGGACGGCUCUUUGUUCCCCGUGGAGGUCACGCUCUCCUUCCUGCAACUCGAGCACAACCGCCCCAUGCACAUGGUCGUCUGGCACGACUUGUCAGAGAUCAAGCGGCAGGCGAGGGAGCUGCAGGCUGCGAAGGAGGCGGCAGAGCGGGCGAAUCAAGCCAAGAGCCAGUUCCUGGCGAAUAUGAGCCACGAGAUUCGCACCCCUAUGAAUGGUGUGAUUGGGGUGGCAGAGCUGCUCCUAGGAACAGAUUUGACAGCAGAACAGCGCUCGUACCUCGAGAUCAUCCGCUCCUCUGGUGACAACCUCCUUCGAAUCAUAUCAGAUGUGCUCGACCUCUCCAAGAUCGAGUCCAAGAACCUAGCGCUGGAGAGCAUCGAGUUCAACAUGCACCAGCAGGUCACGGAGGCUCUGGCGCUGCUUGAAGUGGUGGCCAAGGACAAGGGGCUCUUCUUAGAGCUUGAUAUCCACGAGGAGGUGAUGCGGGACACGGGGGUGGGCAUGGACGACGCAGCAAAGGGGCGGCUGUUCAAGGCGUUCUCGCAGGCGGACAAUUCUACGAGUCGCAGAUAUGGUGGCACGGGGCUGGGGCUGGCGAUCUGCAAGAGCCUGUGCUUCCUCAUGGAGGGGGAUAUCGGCAUGCACAGCCAGGUGGGAGUAGGGUCGACCUUUUUCUUCUAUGCCAGAAUGCAGCGAGUCAACCCCAGGGAGAGCGCCAAGCCGGCAGGGGAGAGCGCCACGAGCAGCGAUGCAGAGCCGCUGUGGGUGCAGCUGCAGCACAUGCGCGUGCUGGUGGCCGAGGACAAUAAAGUUAACCAGAUGGUGGCGACGCGCAUGCUGCACAACCUGGGGCUCAAAUACGACGUGGUGGAGAAUGGGAGACUGGCUGUUCAGGCGUGUGCUGACCGGCAGUACGACGUGGUGCUCAUGGACUGUCACAUGCCUGAGAUGGAUGGUUUUGAAGCCACCCGACACAUACGGGCCAUGGAAGAGGAGAGACUCGCUGCCUAUGCUGCUUCCGGUGGUGCUGCUGCAACUGGUACUGCUGGUGGCAGGGGCAGUAAUGGUGGAGGGUACCGUAGGAGCAGCAGCAGGGGUGGUUACGGCAGCAGCACAGACGGCGAUAUGAGUGAGGCAAGUUCUCCCAGUCAUCCCCACAGCAGCAGCAGCUCUCGCACCCGCCGCUCCCGCCGUCCCCGCCGGACGUUCAUUGUGGCGCUUACCGCAUCGGCUCUUAGCGAGGAUAAAGACUCGUGCAUGGCUGCUGGGAUGGAUCAUUACUUAGCUAAGCCCAUCCGGCCGCGGGACUUGGAACGGGUGAUAAGAGAAGGGGUAGUGAAGAGGAGGAAAGAAUCAAUCAGUGAAGAGGUGGGGGGGGAUAGCAGUAGGGUGGAGCCAGGUGGAGUGGAGUUCGGAGGGGUGAGAAGCGGUAAUUCUGAGAUGGGGUGUGAGGGGAGUGAGGGGUCACUGUCGCCCCAGAUGGGCUACAAAGUGGAUGAGGGGCCGGUGUCCCCUCUUUUUACGGGAUCUGAAGGGGGUAGAAGCGCUGUUUCCCCUUACAGGGAUAGGCCUUUGUCUCCUCUGACGUUUAAGCAGCGGCAGGAGCGGGGAGGGCAGGAAGGGGGUGGUCAGGAGCGGGGAGUGCAGGGUCGGGGUGGUCAGGAUCGGGGAGUGCAGGAGCGGGGAGCGCAGGAUCGGGGAGUGCAGGAUCGGGGAGUGCAGGAUCGGGGAGUGCAGGAUCGGGGAGUGCAGGAAGGGGGUGGUCAGGAGCGGAAGGAGCAGGUGAGAAGACAGGUAGGCACGAGUAUGGAGCCUCCGUUGCUGCAGCAGCAGCAGAGGCGGACGGGGUCAGAGCAGAGGGCGGCUCAGGACCUGCGGAUGUGGAUUGAACGCGCUCACAACUCGCAAGUGGACAAGUGGAUCUCCCAGGUCGAGGCAAACAGCACGCCGCCCAGAAACGCAGGGCACAAGAAGACAAGGAGCGAGGUGCCGGCCUUUUUGCCGCCCCUCUCGUCCAGCCCAGGCGGCGCGGGUUCUCUGCGCCGCUUGCAGAGCUCUCCCCCAAUAUCACCAGACGCCAUGGCCGCCGCUAUGUCCUGGAGCACCAAGCUCGCGUGCCCUUCUUUUGAGGGUCUGUCCAGCCGGAGCCUGCCUUCCAGCCGGGUGAACGCUGACUCCAAUGUGGAGCUUAAGACUAAGGGCGCGGAGGGUGCUCCCCGCACCACCUGCUCGCUGAAGGCGAUGCGCGAUCGUAUCGAGUCGGUUAAGAACACCCAGAAGAUUACUGAUGCGAUGAAGCUCGUCGCUGCCGCGAAGGUGCGCAGGGCUCAGGAGGCCGUCGUCAACGGCCGUCCCUUCUCGGAAAACCUCGUUAAGGUGCUUUACAACGUUAACGAGCAGCUCCAGAACGAGGACGUUGACAUUCCCCUGACCGAGGUCCGUCCCGUGAAGAAGGUCGCCAUCGUCGUUAACACCGGCGACCGCGGUCUCUGCGGUGGCUUCAACAACUACGUCCUCAAGAAGGCCGAGGCUCGCGUGGCUGAGCUGCAGAAGCUGGGUGUGGCUUACACCAUUGUGUCCAUCGGCAAGAAGGGUAACGCCUUCUUCAAGAGGCGUCCGCAGUACGCCGUCGACAGGUACCUCGAGGUCGGCGCUGCUCCCACCACCAAGGAGGCCCAGGCCAUCGCCGACGAGAUCUUUUCCCUGUUCGUGUCUGAGGAGGUUGACAAGGUCGAGCUGAUCUACACCAAGUUCGUGUCCCUGAUCAAGUCCGACCCUGUGGUCCACACUCUCCUGCCUCUUUCCCCCGCCGGCGAGGUCUGCGAUAUCAACGGCGUCUGCGUCGAUGCUGCUGAGGACGAGCUGUUCAGGCUGACGACCAAGGAGGGCAAGUUCGCCGUCGAGCGCGAGACGAUCAGGACCGAGACUCCCGAGUUCACCGGCGUGCUAGGGUUUGAGCAGGAGCCUGUGCAGAUCCUGGACGCGCUGCUCCCGCUUUACCUGAACAGCCAGAUCCUCCGUGCUCUGCAAGAGUCGCUUGCCAGCGAGCUCGCUGCUCGUAUGAAUGCCAUGGGUAACGCCAGCGAUAACGCUAAGGAGCUCAAGAGGAGCCUGAACCUGACCUACAACAGGCGGAGGCAAGCCAAGAUUACUGGCGAGCUGAUUGAGAUUGUUUCAGUCACACCCAUCAUGCUGGUUCACGCCCUCUCCCCCUCACUAAGACUCGCUACACUCCCCAAUGCAGUCGCUUCCCUCCCCACUCCCCCAAUCUCCGCGUUCCAUGCGCCCGCGCGCUCCUCAAAUCCCGCCUUUCCGCUUCCGCGGAUGACCCUGGCGCAAGCGUUGCGGCCAAGCUCCCCACAGAAGCUCGUUUUCCGCCAAUCCCGCGCCUUACCGCGCGUAAGCGCAAGCGUGGAGCCGCCGAAAGCGCCAGCUGGUGGAUCCGCGGAAGGAUCAGGCGCAGGCGCAAGCGCGGAAGCAAAUAAGCUGGCAGAGGCUCCGCAGCCGCCUGCGGGGGAAGCGGCAGCGGGGGGAGCGGUAUCGGCGGAAGGGGAGAGCGGGGGCCUUCUGGGGCAGGCGACGACUGCGGGGAUUUUCCUCCUGUGGGCGGGGCUCAUCGCGUAUGGCGCGUUUUUGGCGCCCCAUCAGACGCCAUACCGCGAUCAGUACUUUCUAGAAAAGCUGCUCAACCUGAGGGGCGACGAUGGCUUCGUCAUGAACCAGGUGCUCGUGGCGCUGUGGAACCUCAUGGGUGUGAUGCCGGGCAUCUACGCUGCUACGCUCGUCCCUGCUUCUCGCACCAACCGCACCACCAUCCCAGCGUGGCCCUUUCUCCUCGCCUCGUUCUUCGCAGGGGCCUUCGCCCUGAUGCCCUUCUUUGCUCUUUGGACGCCCGGAAAGGCAGCAGUACCCACCGAGGAGGAGAGGGGGAAGGUGGGACUGCGAGUUCUCGAGUCCAAAAUCACCAGCGCGUUACUGCUGCUGGCAGCAUCAGGGUUGGUCAUCAGCGCAGCAACAGCACCGUCGGCUGACUGGCUUGAGUUCCUGCAGUACUUCCAAGAGAGCCUCAUGAUCCACGUCACCUCGAUGGAUUUCGUCCUCCUCAACAUGUUUCUGCCCUUCUGGCUCGUCAACGACAUGGCCUACAGGAAUUGGGCGCCCAGAGACUCAUGGGGUGUUGCUCUCCCCUUCAUCCCCGUUAUAGGCCCUGCCCUCUACCUUGUAAUGAGGCCAGGGCUACCCCCUCCGCCGCCUGUCCCAGCCGAAUCCAAAUCCGAUUGA